AUGUCGUUUCGCGGCGACGAUCAGCGUCGCUACGGCUCUGUCCCCCCCGUCCAGUACCCCGUGUCGGGACCCUAUUCCGCACAGCAACACCACCAGUCGCCGCAGCAUCACCAGCAGCAAACACGCAAUCUCAGUAGGCAGCCCAGCUUCAACACCGGCGACGACAGCAACACCAGCGCCUACUACUCCCAUCACGCCGCACCCUUCGACGCCAACGGGCCCAACUUUGCUCAGCCCUCUGCCCCUGCCGGCCACGACGAGCUGUUUCUCACCAGUCCCUCCACCACUGCCUCCUCGACUAGCCCACUCGCCGGCUUCCAGCACCGUUUUCAUGAUCCCGCCGCUCAGCCGCCCGCCGCCCCCGCCUACAAUCCCCAAACCUAUGUCGCCAACGGCGCUGCCGCCGCCGCCGCCCCGAGUGGCUUCACCAGGUCCCAGUCCGCCACCACCAGCUCCUAUUACCCGCACGCACCAGCAAAUAACGCGGCCGUCUAUGGCGGCACAUCCCCGCCGACAUCGUAUACGCCCCAGUCCUACAACCCCGCCGCCUACGCCCAGACAGCCAAUGCGCCCCAGCGACAGCCCACCUAUCACGGCUACAGUAGCUACGACAAUGCCACUGUCUACGGGCAGUCCCCCGCCUCAACCUACUCGCAUGCCUUUUCCCAGUCCAUCCAUUCACCAGGCCUGUCGGCUGGCUAUCAGUACUCGACUACGAGCCCGACUACCUCGUACACAUCCUCGCAGGUUCCGACGCCUACCACCUACGAUCCCUCGCAUUACUCAUCGGCGCCAUAUCAGUAUCCUACGAAUGGCGUCGAUCAGCAAGAUAUGCAGUACACUGCGAUGACUGCGCCAUAUCCAACGGCAUCACAAAUACCUGCUGGGCCUGCCUACGCCUCCAACGACCAAUCAUUAUAUAAUGGCCAGUCCGCAAGGCCCGGCUCGCAGUCUUCUCAGAGCGGUGCUAGCCCGUAUAUCCAACCUCUCGGUUCUCCUGGUUUGCGCCGACAUCCCACCAACGCUCCCCUUCCCCGCCGGCCUGGCGAGUCGACCUGGAACUCGACGGCCGCAGCGGAUAGAGACAGCGUCGACCAGCGCAUCACCACCGACAGCAUCCUCGAGGAGAUUGAAAAUACUAUUAGCGAGACUGCCAUAUCAGGACGUUCUCGGCCAGCCCCAAUCGAUGGUCGUACUGCCGAGGAUCAAGCGCACUUGUAUCGCCAGUUCAGCUCGAACUCCGCCACACCAGGCUUCUCCGACGAGAGACGCGCCUCCAACCAGUCAUACGCUAACGGUACCGACGACGACGAGGCCGCAGCCGGCGCGAUUGCUCUGCAGCAGGCAAAUGCAAGCAUAGGCGACCAGCUCUACUCAUCCGGCUUUGGUGGCUACGCCGAAAUGCCCGCCAUGCCAGACGAAAAGAAUCCCCCACCCCACCCUGAAGAGCAGGACUAUAGCAGCGAUGAUAGCGAGUUCGCCGGUGUUGACUUGGCCGGUCUCUCAGGCGGGUACUAUGGCAAUAUCGACGCGCUCCCACCACGCUCGCCCUCCAGCCAACGACCGCUGCCGACGCCGAGCUACUUUGAUAAUUCGCGUGCAGGUUACCAAGACGCGCCUGCUUUCAAGCAGGCAGCGAUGGAUUAUGGCGACACUGGUGGUCUUCAGCUGCCCACACGCCGCAGCUUUGACUCUGGUCCGGACCGUGUGUCACUCGACUCACACCAAAGCGGUGGAGAGUCUCCUGCGCAAGACGACUAUCAGGAUUUAUUCUAUCAUCCAGGUCUCACCAAUCGGCCUCUUCCACCUCCUCCCGGCUCAGACAGCAGCUCGUUGCUGUCAACGCAAAGCAGCCUCCGUCAACCGCAGCGGUCUCAGUCCCACGCUCUCGGCAUCGAUGGACGAUCUCUGCGAGCUGAUGGCCCCGAAUCUUAUUACACUGGCGGCAACAGCCAUCUUCUUCAGCCAGAGCGAUCCAUUUCCCUCUCCAGCCACAGCAAUGCGCCGUCUAUACAGCAACCUAUUCGCUCCAAGACUGACGCCGCUGAAGACCGCAGAAGGCAAGGCCACCUUCGCCACCCUUCAUCAUUUGGCGGCCCAGGACCCGGUGACUACGAUUCAGCAGCUACAUCUAUCGGGGCUUUUGACAGCAUUACGCUGCCCAAUGGUCGCAAAAAGAAAUUUCUGCCAGCGAAGCUUGGACCAGCCGACUUUCUGCGCUGUGCGGAGCCCUGGGCGCUCAGCAACAUCGAAUUAUGGAUACGCGAGAUGGCUCUUGGUGAGGCUGACUUGAAGAGCAAGACAGUGGAAGACGGUCUGACGGCACUCUUUACGUCCAAAGUACCAACUAUGAAUGUGGCAGAUGCCGAGGUGCUCAGCAGUUCCGUGCUUGCUACCAUGCUGCAUGCUGGCGUUCUUGUACCUGAGGAAGAAUGGGUCAAAUUUGGUGAUGGUCGCAUAUCUGGUGUCCUGUGGCAGCUUACUGGAACCGGCUGCUAUGCUCCCAAAUUACACGAAUACAAUACGCCGGGGCGGUGCUAUUCAAUGCACUGCACCCGAACGCUCAAGAAGAUGGACCUGGACGUCUUCAGCCAAGAGUCCAAGCCGGCGGAUGACUGGCACAUAUUCUAUGGCCUUUCGAAAGAGGAUUUGGACUCUAAGCCCAAAAAGGAAGUCGAUCGCCAGAACAAUUUACACGAGAUUGUCACUACUGAAGAAAAUUACAUCCAGAAUCUCGAAAUCUUCCGCACUCUUUACCGCGAUGACUUGCGCACGCGUCAGCCUGCCAUCAUCCACCCAAAUAAGCGAGACCAGUUCUUAGUGGACGUCUUUGGCAAGAUCGACGACGUUGUACAAAUCAACAAGGGUCAUCUCUUGGCCCAUCUCAAGUACCGCCAGAAGGAGCAGGGCCCGUGGAUCGUGGGCUUCAGCGACAUCUUCCGCGAAUGGAUAAGAAAAGCGAAAAAGGUCUAUAUCGAGUAUGCAACUGGCUAUCCGCGCGCUAAGUUCUUGGUCGAAAAGGAGGCUUCGCGUAAUCUGCUGUUCCGAAAGUUCCUGGAAGACAAGCAAAGGCACAAGUCGUCGGAGAAGCAGGACUGGACCCAUUUCCUGUUCCAGCCUCUGCAGCGUAUGCCGCGAUACACUCUACUUCUAGAGACUGUGGAGGGCAAGAUGAUUAGUGAUAGCGAGGAAAAGACCAAUCUGCAAAAGGCAAUCCAGGAGAUCAAGACGGUCACGCUUGAGUGCGACGCCAAGAUCGCAGAAUCCACCAGGCGUGUCGAAAUGUGGGGGCUCGACCGCAUGCUUGUUCUGCGUCCUGGUUUUCAGUCAGUCUUGAACCUCAAACAGCAAGGUAGAACCCUGAUUCUACAGGGCGAGUUGCAGCGACAGAGCUCCAAGGGUGUGCGAUGGGUGGACACGCACGCGCUGCUCUUCGAUCAUUACUUUAUAGUUGCCAAGGUGGUACGAGGCAAAGAUGGCAAGUCAGAGAAGAAGUACGACGUGUCCCGAGAACCUGUUCCUAUGCCACUGCUUUUCCUCGAGAGCAAUAAUGACGACCCUUACAUCAAAACGAAGGGCAUAACUGCACCCCUGGGCCGUACAGCACCGGCUGGCGCGGCUGGUCACCAGCUCAGCAAGGUCAGCAGCAACGGCAGCGGAAGGCCUGGGCUGGAUCACACCUCGACGGGCUCUUCCGGAACAAGUAUGACGCAGGCGCAAACCAACGAUGUCGCCGAGAACAAGAUUCUCUACCCCUUCAAGGUGAAGCAUCUGGGCCACGACGUAUACACGCUGUAUGCGUUGUCUCUACGCGACCGCACGAAUUGGUGCAACAAGAUUAUCGAGGCCAAGACUAUGCAUGCCAAGGCUCUGUUUUCGCAGAAUGCUGAGCCAUUCAGACUUCGUGUGCUGGCAGACGCGUCCUUCCACUAUGACGCCGGCUCGCCUCACGCCAGGAGCGUGAGCGUUCCGGUGAAGGGUACGCCGUUGGAUCGCGCCAUCCAGGACUUGGAGAGCGUUUUGGGCUCCGCGCAUGGCGUGCCGGCCGUCUGCCGCGCGCAAGUCAACUGCGCCGCGGGAUUCUCCGCCUUUGGCAAGACGUUGAUUGCCAUUGGUACGGAUUACGGUGUUUACAUAUCCGACCCCUCCAAUCCCCGCGGGUGGACACGAACGAUACAGGCGACUAAGAUAACACAGCUCGCUGUGCUGGAGGACUUCAACAUAUGUCUCGUCAUUGCUGACAGAGCACUCAUCUCGUAUCCUCUCGACGUCCUUGCGCCCGUAUCCGAGUUUGCGCCGCCCACUUCAGAAAAUUCGCGGCGCGCACCGCAACGCCUCUCCAAAGACGUUUCGUAUUUUGCCACAGCGCGUAUGAAUGAUCGUACGCUCGUCUUUUACAAGCGCAAGGAGGGCAUGCACAUGUCAUUCAAAGUUGUUGAGCCGCUGUACCAUAAGGCAACAGAGAAGCGGUCGCGCAUUUUUGGCGGGCGCAAAUCGGCGAAGGGCAGCACGGACACGUUUCGCGAUUUCGAUGACUUCACCUUCCCAGUCGAGUGCUACUCUCUGAGCGUCUUCAAGACGUGGAUCGCAGUUGCGACAGCCAAGGGCGUCGAGAUGCUGACGCUGGAGAAAAAGGUGCCCAUGUCGAUCCCGGACCUCAAGGCGCCAGCGAUUGCCAACAUCGCGAGCCGGAUUCGCGACCAGAAGCCUCUGGGCAUGUUUAAGCUCAACGAGAAUGAGUUUAUUGUGACGUACGAGGACUGCGCCCUGUACGUAGACAAGCACGGCGCCGUGUCGCGCACGCUCAUCAUGGAGUAUACGGGCAAGCAGAAGAAGGCUCGCGGGGCGACCAUGUACGGGCAGUACCUGCUGCUGUUCAACGAGGAUUACGUCGAGGUGCGCAAUGCGGAAAAUGGGCAUCUUAAACAGAUUAUCGCCGGCCGUGACGUGCGUGUUAUUGACAGUGGCAUCCGCGGGCCGACGGGCGAGAACGCGGCCAUGGCGCAGCAGCUCCGCGGGCAAAAUGGGCACAUGGCCACGGCGGGCGACACCUCCAAAGGGACGGUGAAGAUUGCCAUGGCCCAUCCGGAGCUGCAAGGACGGCAAAUAGUCUUUGAGAUGCUCCUUAACGAUCAGCAUUCCGAGGCGUGA